AUGAAACCAAGAAAUUCACAGAGAACUAAAUCAGUACGAUCUACUAAAAAAUACUCUCAAUCACGUCUACAGCUCGAUGGUUUCCAAGGGAAUAAGCUAAUUAAAUGCGCCAAAUGUGAAAUGGCUUAUUCACCUAACAAUAUAGAAGAUACAACAGCUCAUAGACUUUUCCAUGAUACAUAUUUGAAAGGUAGAAAAUGGUCGCGAAAUUGGGGUACAGUAGUAUCUAUACCGACAAACUCGAUGACACCACCGUCAUCACAACAUUCAUCCAGUGAACGAAUAGUAAUGAUUAGACCAAAUCAUCCACAGGAAGUAAACGCAACCUUGGAUGUAAUGAAUAUAGUAAAUAAUGAAUUACAUGCGCCACAUGAUGAAAAUUCAUUUUGGGUAAAUGAAAAUGGUAAAGGUAAAGCAUUUCUGUAUAUAAAGAAUGAUAGAGCUGUUAGUGCUAUAACUAUAGAACAAUUAGACGAAGGUAGAGGAAAAUGGAUGUUAUAUGAUUCGAAGAAAUUAGUACCAAACGUUACACCAAAAUUUGAGCUUGGAAUAUCAAGGAUAUGGGUUUGCAAAUCACAGAGAGGAAACAAGAUUGCUACCAAAUUAUUAGAAGCUGCAAGACAUAAUAUGGUAAUUGGAAAAUCUUAUCAGAAAUGGUCACUUGCUUGGAGUCAACCCACAGAUGAUGGUGGAAAGUUAGCUUCAAAAUAUAAUGCGGUAACACACAAAUCUGGGAAAUUAUUAAUACCAUGUUAUAUUUAG